UCAGAACUCGACACACAUUCAGAUACCCCACAGAUGUAUAUGGUCCUGGAUCAAGAAUCGGAUUGUCCCCAAGGAUGAGCGGAGAAACGACUAUAUGGCCAAUGGAGACGGUGGUAGCCAUGGUACAGAGGAGGACAACAUAGAGGAUACCUUGCCAGUUGAAAUGUACACACCCCAUCCAGAAUGGCUCGACUCUGCUGAUCGUGUGUGUCUUGUGUGGGGUCAAGGGUCAGACGGUCAGCUGGGCAUAGGUGACUGUGUGGGCUACACCACGCCUCAGGUGCUGCUGUCGAUGAUAGACCGACCUCUGAUGAACGUCAGUGCGGGGCAUAGCCACACCGUCGCCAUCGGAGAGUUGGCAGAUGAGGAGGGCUCAGGCCAUGGUGUCCUCAUGUCAUGGGGGUCGAAUAUGUAUGGCCAGACAGCCAAGGAAUUGGACCACUUCUCUUUCAGCACGGGAUUUGGGGGCCCAGAAGACGACGACGAUGAGGAUGAGCAAAGUGUACCACUACUAGUACCAAGUUUAAACGGAUUCCGCUUCAAUGACUGUGCUACUGGCCUGUACCAUACGUUGGCGUUGGGUGUCUCCAGAGCGGUAGGCGAGGAUAGCAGCGAUGACGAAAGAGGAUCUCUGGACGGACACUCACGGGAAUAUAACCGACAGCACACGAAGGUGUUCGCCUGGGGGAGUGCGCUUUUGGGCGACGGUACAUCGAACUUUGAAUCUCGCCCAACCCAUAUAAGGAACCUAGAUGACAAGCAGAUUGACUGCGUGUUUGCGGGGGGGCAUCACUCUAUGGCUAUCUCACACAGCACAGGCAGUGUGUAUCUGUGGGGAUGGCUGUUUGAACGGGAUGUCAGGGAAAACGCAGAGAAGGCAGUUCUGCGUCAGAUACCCUCACCGGUUCAAUUGAACGCGUUCAACGGCAUGUCCGUACGCACAGUCGCAUGCGGAGUGUGGCACUCGUCGGUUGUUACGACAGAGGGCAAGGUGUUUACAAUUGGCUUGCAAAAGCCCAGCAACCUUCUAUCUAGACAAAUAGACCUGAGCUAUUCGUCGCCGUUCUACGCAAGUGACGAGGUUAAGGCCAAUGUGGAUGUGGUCAACGAACUAGAUCUGCAGGACCAGUACGACGAGGAGGUGACCCCAUCGACAGCCCAGUCUUUCCCAUUGGCGUCCCAACUGAGCGCUACGCUGAUGAGUGGUGUGCCGGCUAUAGCGGCGUGUGCAUGCGGCGAUGGCUUCACUGUCAUGCUGUCUGAUGGGGGUGAGAUCUAUUUUUCUGGGUUGAAUAAGAACAUCGGUGCGAGUAGACUGGAGGCUAUCAAGGUGGAAGUCAACAGCACUUCUCCAGUAAAGUCUAUAUCGGCGGGAUUGAACUUCUACACGGCAGUCACUGCUGCGGGUGAUGUUUAUGUCCAAGGACUUCUUCAUGGACGGGUGUACAGGAGCUUGAGCAAAGUGAUCACCGCUAAGGCCAUAACCCACACCGCCACAGGAAACGAUUUCUGCAUUGCAUAUACUCGAGAAUAAAAGACUGAAUAGACUAUUGUAUACGG